ACAAAACCACUUCAAGAUGUGACGAGCUGCUGGUUGCGGUUUGAAUUUCCAUCUGUGGGGGCUUGCAGGAGUGUUGUUCUGCAGCCCCUCACCUCGGGUGUGUAUAAAAGGUGUUACCACCAGACACACAGAGAUCACUGCUCACUGCCAGCAAUGGAAACAUCUUCACUCCUCCUUGUGUGCAUUCUGGUGACAUGUUCAGUUUGGACAGUCCACGGGAGAAGCUUCGAGAUCAACAUUGAUGAUGGGAAGCAGGCGGAAGUGGAACUCUCUGUGAAUGCCAUCAAGCUUCCAGGUCUGUGCUGGGCGUGCAAGUGGGCUUUAAACAAGGUGAAGAAAUCUAUCGGACCCAAUGCCACUGCAGAGAACCUGACAUUGAAGUUUAUGUCCAUCUGCAAACAAAUUGGCCUCCUAAAACCUCUGUGCAUCAAGUUUGUGAAGACGCACCUCGCAGAAUUAGUUGAGGAGUUCACGACUACCGAUGAUGUGAAGACGAUCUGCGUCAAUACUGCAGCCUGCAAGCCCAAGUUGUUGGACCCGUUCUUUUAUCCAAGGGACGAGGAGUUACCAAUUGAAAUGAAUGAAGAUAUCUGAUGUCGUAUGCAUGAACAAUAAUCAAGAUGCACUUAAUCAUGUUUGACUGAUUCUUCCAAUGUAUGUGAACAUAUAUCAAUAAAUGAUUGUGUUUCAAAUUUUCAAGAAUA